GUAUACAUAUCAGGGGUUUCAUUAGCAGCAGGCAACAGGCGGUUUUCACAAAAUCAAUUGAACUAUUGACGCCUCCCAUAUGGGACCAUAAGUAAAAAGAUACAAUAAGUGGAUACAGGAGAAAUUUAACUAAAUUUGUCUUUGCAGAAACAUAAUAGUAAAAUGGUUAUUUCAUAAAGACACACCCAUACAUGUAUAUAAAGACGGAGGAUAUCAGGAUACCAAAAACUUUUGAAUAGACUUCAACAGCCUGAAACGGAACAAUGCUCUCUGAAUUAUUGAUGGUAAUGUUGGCUUCAAAAGUUCUCAUAGAAAUUGGGGAGACAUCAAAGGUAAGGAGUCCAAGAAAGCAUGAAGAUGAUGCAGUGGCUGAGACUGCUACCAGCUACCUGAACAUUCGUCAGAACACAUCACAUCCAUCCUCAGUUGGGCUGAAUGCAACGCAUCUCACCACAGCAUCAGUAAGGACUGAGUUGACUCCAGGAAGCGACAUCGAGGAAUUUAAUAAACUGUGUGGUGCAUCCAUCUAUGCGUCUUGUAUGAAUAAUAGCUGCCGUGGAAAAUGUGGACAGGUGAAUCAAUUUAAAGACCCUCUGUGGUUGUGUUCCUGUGAUAGUGCCUGCCAUGUUUAUGAGACUUGCUGUCCAGAUUUUGAUACUGAAUGCAGGAAUAAUGUCUCACCCAGUGAAGUCCAGCAGACAGAUGAAACACAUGGAAGUAAGUGUAAGAAAAUUGCUUCAAAUCCUGAAAGAUACAUCUACAUGAGGCAAUCUUGCAAGCCAGGGUACAAAGACAUCGAUGUGAAACGGAAGUGCCUGGAACCAGAUGGACUGAUAAGUGCGGUACCUGCAACUGACCUCAAGUCGAGAAUCGCCUAUGCUAACUAUUUCUGUGCUUUGUGCCAUGAUGUGCAAACCAUUCAACCAUGGAAGACCACUGUGAACUGUUCCGGAUAUGUUCUUAAAGAUCCCACAAGUGACAAGUUCAUGACCUCAAUGCUACGAUUUCACCGUUUUACUAAUAAGGGAAUAUGCACGAACUUUUUUCAGCCACCUGUACAUACAGAUAUACGCCCAUGCAUCAAUGUCAUUAACAGUUGCCAAUCCAGGUGUAAGAAUGAUAUCUUGAAACAACAGUGCAAAGAAGGACCAUAUGACCCCCAAAGGAUAGCAAUAAAAACCGUACCAUAUAUCAUGAGAAACAAAUACUGUGUAUUUUGCAAUUAUGAAGCCGGUAAUGAUUCAAAUUGUUAUGUCACUAUGAUGAUGAGGUACCCUAGCAUACCAUCUUUCUUCACAUAUUCUGUACUGUUAGACAUAAACGCUGAUGAGAGUGUAAAUGUCGAUAUUGCCCCAGUUGCCAGACUGAAUGGAGUUGGUACAAGCUUCAAUAUUAAGAAUAAAGAGACACGUAUCACUAAGUGUUCACCACCAUAUAUGUACCAAGAUGGUAGGUGUUUUCUCAUUUCUAUCAUGGUGAUUAAAGCGACGUGCUAUUGCUAUGUACAAAGUGGUGAGUGUAAUGAUGAUAUUAUUGACCUGGUAUGGGAGGAAUACAAUAUCUUUGGCGUUGUUACAAUGACAUGCUAUUACGCUUGCGAAGAGGCAUGUACGAUCCUUUUCCAUGUAGCUUAUUAUGUCAAUCAUACUGUGGAUUGGAACACAAUUUUACAAAGGAAAGCAGUAAAACUAAUAAACAAAUUACCUAAACAAACAUUUGAUGUGAAUAGAAGUCAUUGCACUUUCCUCAAGGUCUCGACUGAAACUGAUUUAGAACAUAAAACAACAACAGUGCUCAGCACAGCAAACACAGCAACACUUAUACCCAAGGUCAGUGAAGCAAACAUUGUGACAAUAACUAGCACUUGUGUUCUACAAAUUGCUAGUCUCACAGCAACACUUAUACCCAAGGUCAGUGAAGCAAACAUUGCGACAAUAACUGGCACUUGUGUUCUACAUAUUGCUAGUUUGAUUUGUCAGAUACUGAUUUAGAACAUAAAACAACAACAGUGCUCAGCACAGCAAACACAGCAACACUUAUACCAAAGGUCAGCACAGCAAACACAGCAACACUUAUACCCAAGGUCAGUGAAGCAAACAUUGUGACAAUAACUAGCACUUGUGUUCUACAUAUUGCUAGUUUGAUUUGUCAGAUACUUAUAC